CAUUUGACAAUAUAAAUGUCUCAACUCUCAAAAAUCUAAAUAACCACAUUACCACGUGCUGAGGAUAGUAAUAUUAAAUAAAAUGGGUGUAAUACAAAGAAUAAAGAAACCUACAACUCGUAAAGGUAAAAAGGUGCUACUUUCAAAGGAACCAAAGGCGAUAGAGGGUCCAAAACAGUGUAUAUUUUUACAAGGCAGGAAUCCAUCGGAGAGGGCUAGAAAAGUGCUGAAGGAUUUAUAUGAUUUGAAAAAACCAGACGCGGCGUUUUUAAGCCGGAAAAAUGACUUCGUACCUUUCGAAGAUGCCACACUCAUUGAAAAGCUCUGCUACAAAAAAGAGGCAGCUCUUUUUGGAGUUAGUUCACAUUCAAAAAAGAGGCCCCACAACAUAAUAUUGGGAAGAACAUUCAACUAUGGGGUUUUGGACAUGAUUGAACUUGGUGCCGAUAACUUUAAGGCAAUGUCGGAGUUUCACAAUAUGAAAGUUUUAGCUGGCAUCAAGCCCUGCUUACUGUUUAAUGGCCCAGCCUGGGAUUUAAAUCAAGAUCUGAAGAGAUUGAAAUCGCUCUUCACAGAUUUUUUUCACAGGGAAAAGGUUGAAACAAUAAGACUGCAAGGAUUAGAACAUGCACUUAGCUUCACUGCAACAGAUGAUGGCAAUAUAUAUGUAAGGUCCUACAGAAUACUGCUUAAGAAGAGUGGACAACGCACACCAAGAGUAGAACUUGAAGAGAUAGGUCCAUCUAUCGACUUUAAGCUGAGAAGGACUAAAUUAGCGUCAGAAGACUUAUUCAAGGAAGCUUGCCGAGUACCAAGAGAGGUGAAGCCUCUCACCAAGAAGAAUAUUUCCAAAGAUGCGUUUGGCACAAAACUUGGUCGUGUUCAUAUGGGUAAGCAAGACAUUCAGAGGUUACAGACAAGAAAGAUGAAGGGUUUGAAAAAGAGUGCGGAAGAAAAGAAAGAAAUGCUGUUGAAAAGAAAGAAAGCAAGGAAAGAAGCGAAGAUUGCACAAGCAAUAGAUGGACAAUAAAUAUUUUGAAUCUUA